GUCGGGCGUUCAUUCGUAACCCGAGUGUCUUUCAGUAGUGUGUGCACGUCGAGUCGCGUUCUUCGCAUCUAACCGUACCGUGUCGCCCGCCUCCUCGUAUAGUAUAUACCAGCAUCAGUACGGCUUUUUACUGUGCAUCGUGAUCUUCCUGACGGAUUGUGUGGCUGAUACGUUGGCCAAUAAAGGGGAAAGCGCACUAGACCAAACAAUAAACAGGGGAGUGCUGCACUUGCGUGACUUUGCUAAAACGAUCCAUCCGGUAGAAUCGAUCGUGUGACCAGUUGACACACAGACAGCGGUCCAUCCCAUCCAUCAUCGCCGUGUGCAGCAAGCGUGGAAGCAGCCAUCCUUUAUCGGGCAAAAGGUUGUCUGACGUCAGCAGCGGCAAUACAUGCAGGUCGCUGAUUGUGUGAACGCGUGCGGGAGAUUCGACUUGAUUGAUUGAACCGGAAAGGGGUUGGCCCCGCCGAUCGGUGUCCCCGAAAUCGAGCUCCCGAACCGUUUAAUGUCCGCCCUCGGUGCAAGCCGUUUAUCAGCGUCGCAAAAGCAGAAGCGAGAAAGCAGCAGCAUCCACAAGCCGACGGCUACCAUCGUUACGGCCAUUACCGCUAGCAUUAUUAGCUCGUGCGCCAUCGACGGUACGAUUGUGGAGCGAUUGUGCUGUAGCAGCUGCCAUUGCUGCUAGAAAGGCAAGGAAGAAUCGGAAACAAUCCGAUCAUCCGUGUGUGUGUGUGUGUGUGUGUGGUUUGAAGAGCGCGAUCAGCAGUGAUCGGUGUGUGAGCUGCGGGAAAACGGCAGAAACACCUUCGCUUCAUUCCCAAGAUCCACGUGUACAGGGCGCGCGCUUGUGAGAGACUCUAUUGUGGGCACAGUACAGUGCAGUACAUAGCAGCGAAAACAAAAAGAAGGUUAUAUUGCAUCGAAAUCAGCCGGACAUCAGAUUGGAGUGCUCGAACCCGACGCCUGCAAUAUUCUUCGCCAACGCUAAAGCCAGUCGUCAGCACGACGGCCACGCUGCCAGUUACGCCGCUCGUCCCUAUGUUGAGCUUCGGCGGAAAAGUGAACCUUUCCGAAUUAAUGUUGCUAAAUGUGCUGAUAAAACAUCUCAUAAACUCAAACAUUACAUAACACGCGGCGUGCGAUCGUGAGCGUGUGUGUGUGUGCGUGUGAGUGCAUGCGUGUGCGUGUGCGCUAUAAUCUUCGGUGGAGAGCAACUGGCCUACUGGCUAGAUAGAGCGGAAAAGCUUUCAAAAACGGACGUUAGAACGGAAAGUACCAACUCGGUAAAACGGCAUUUCGGAGCUUGUGACGUGCAGAAUAGCAUCUUUUGAGUCCAGGCAGCAAGGACGGAACCAACCACGGCGAGGUUGGUGAGCGAAGAAACCAAAAACCAAAAAGGCGGAAGACAUCGACGCGCCACUCCAAAGCCACCCCAACUGUUGAGAGCAAGAUCCAUUUGCAACCCAACGACGGACAGGGGUGUGGGUCUGUACGAUCUACGAUUAUCUCUUCGUUCCUGGCAGCUCCCGUAGCUUCAUCCUCUACCGGGCGCGGCCACCAAUCGGCUGGCCACCCAGGCAAGGCGAAAGGGAAACUACCAUCGCAAAAAGUGAGCCCCGGAACCGGGCAGCAGCAAAAGUACCACCACGAGGAAAUUUGAUUGGAGCACUACUUUGGAACAGAUUGGAGCCACCCGUUUUCACAUCCCGGGCUCAUUCAAGCUGAUUCAAGCUGACUGAGCCACGACAACAGUUGCAACAAAGAAGCAACCCAAAUCAUCGACCGCCGCUCGAGUCCUCCUUCCCGUCGGCGAAAGAUCACUGCUCCACCGUUACCGAAGCGUGAGGAACUUUCGUGACACAAGAAGCAAGGGUCAGCAAAAAGGGACAAAAAAACCAAACGACCAAACACUACCCAGAAAGUAAGUACUCGGUGCGGCGUGUGAGAUUACAACGCGAAAGUAGCCGGGGUGCGAUCGGGGAGCCAAUUGCUAACGGCAAACACCAAAAUCAAACGGAAAGGAAAAACGCCAAAACAUGAUGAACUUCAAACAUUUGCUGAUGCUGGCGCUGUGCCUGCUGGCGCUGCUGGUCGCCCCCGGCAGUGGCCGUGCUGUUGUGCUGGAUCAGGAUACGGCUUCGUCGUCGGAGGGUGUGCGAGCGGUAGACGGUGGUCGGGCGAUACGGCCCACGUUCGUCAAAAUUACGGCCGCACCGCCGGCACGUGUGGCACAAAUCCGCGGCACAACGGUCGAGCUGGAGUGCGAAAUCAUGGGCUCACCGACGCCCACCGUCCAGUGGGUGCACGGAAGCGGUCAGACAGCGGACUGGGAGGACAUCAGCGUGAACGUUAUCUCGGAGGACACGCCAACGUCUGUGGCACGCGUCGUGACGCGGUUGGUGAUCGACCGUGCAUCCCGCGCGUCCCAGUCAACGUUCACCUGCAUCGGACGUUCCGCCGGCCAGGAGGUGAGCUCGUCGACCACCGUGUACCAUGUGGACGGUGUGUCGCAUCUGGGUAACUUCUCCGACAUGCCGCUGCUCCGUCCGGCCGCGGCCGUCGAUUCGAUGUUCAAGAACCUGAAGGGUGCGCGCAUCACGCUACACUUCAAGACGCUGUUCGAGAACAUGGGCUCGACCGUGGUGCUGCCGUGCAAGGCCAUCGGCCGCCCGCUGCCCGAGAUUACCUGGCUGAACGAGGAGGGCAACGUGGUGGGCAGCUUGCAGGACCCCCGUUUCCGCACCCUGCCAACCGGUGAGCUGAUCAUCACCGGGCUCCGGUGGGCCGACAUGGGUUCGUACACGUGCGUCGCGAAGAACGUGCUGUCGAAGGACGAAUCGGAAACGUUCGUUUACCCGAUCCGACCGAACUAAGCUAGGACCGGCCACUGCUAGGCGGCCGGCGGCCGACCGAAUCUUCCACAAUCGCGCCCCACUGAUGCACCGGAAAAUGGAUGGAAACUUACUAACUAGGCUAAGGAAAAUGGAGGUGUUAAUGGCGGAAGCGAAGAAGAAAACAACCACACAAAAACAAGCAGAUUAAGAAAAAAAAGCAACAACUUAUGCCAUAUACUUAACUUAUUGAAAGUUUUGCACUGUUAGACUCCAACCUGUAACCACGUACGCGCACAACCAACUUAACCGCACGCGGCAGUACGGCUCGUAGAGCCUUUCGAGUGGAGUCGUUUAGCAUUGAAAUGCGCUCACUAUUUUUUAAUUUAUUUUUACUAUAUGUCUCCUAUUCGAUGUAAAUGAGAGAAGUUUUGCGAUGUACGCCAAGUAUGUGCACGUGUGCAGGCAACAACAAACAAAAUGAAUGCUUCGCUGCUCUCUAUAAUAUAUUUAGUGGAGAUAGAAAACACACACACACAAAUAGUGCGCCUGGUGAGAUGCGUAACAUAUAACCCUUUAACCCAUUUGAUGCGCGACGGCCGUGGCCGCGCGGAUCAUUUCGGAGCAUUUAGGUGAAGGCAGGAUGCGACCACACCACCCUGCAACCAUGUACAUAUAGCUUCGUCGUCGUGUCGUGUCUUGUUGUACCAUCGUAGUGCACGAGCGCUGGCCAUGAUGUGGCCAGAUUUUGCCAGGCACUACUACACUAGGGCUAGGCCACCAAGCGUAAGAGCUAGACGAUGUUUGGCGCGGUUCACUGCGGCCACCCUCUGGCUACGGCUGCUAAAGAACCGCACAGCGCACACAGUUCCCGCCAAGGAACAUGUGGAUGGAUCAAUAAAAUGUUUCAUUGAAAAUAAAAGAAAAUGCAAGACUAAA